AUGAGUUCCCUACGAUUCCUCGAUCUGGUCAAGCCGUUCGUGCCGUUCCUCCCAGAGGUUCAGCAGCCGGAGACCAAGAUCCCCUUCAACCAGAAGCUCAUGUGGACGGCCCUCACCCUCCUCAUCUUCCUGGUCAUGAGCCAGAUGCCUCUCUACGGUAUCGUCUCCUCCGACAACUCGGAUCCUCUAUACUGGCUGCGAAUGGUCAUCGCGAGUAACCGUGGUACACUGAUGGAAUUGGGUAUCACCCCCAUCAUCUCCUCUGGCAUGGUUUUCCAGCUCCUUGCUGGCACCCACAUGAUCGACGUCAACCUUGACCUCAAGUCCGACCGCGAGCUCUACCAGACCGCCCAGAAGCUCCUGGCCUUCAUCCUCUCCGCCGGUACUGCUACUGUCUACGUCUUCUCCGGUCUCUAUGGACCUCCCUCCGACCUUGGUGCUGGUAUUGUCUUCCUCCUGAUCCUCCAGCUCGUUGUUGCCGGUAUGAUUGUCAUCCUCCUCGACGAGCUCCUCCAGAAGGGCUACGGUCUUGGCAGCGGUAUCUCUCUGUUCAUCGCCACCAACAUCUGCGAGUCCAUCAUGUGGAAGGCUUUCUCUCCCACCACCAUCAACACUGGCCGUGGUCCCGAGUUUGAGGGUGCCGUCAUUGCCCUCUUCCACCUCCUCAUGACCUGGCCCAACAAGCAGCGAGCUCUCCAGGAGGCUUUCUACCGCCAGAACCUCCCCAACAUCAUGAACCUCCUUGCCACCAUUGCCGUCUUCGCCGCUGUCAUCUACCUCCAGGGUUUCCGCGUCGAGAUCCCUGUCAAGUCUUCUCGCCAGCGUGGUGCUCGUGGAUCUUACCCCGUCCGCCUGUUCUACACCUCCAACAUGCCCAUCAUGCUGCAGUCCGCUCUUUCUUCCAACGUCUUCCUUAUCAGCCAGAUGCUCUAUUCCCGCUUCUCUGAGAACCUCCUUGUCCGUCUCUUCGGUGUCUGGGAGGCCAAGGAUGGUUCUUCUCAGCUCCACGCUACCUCUGGUCUCGUCUACUACAUGUCUCCUCCCCAGAACAUGAAGGAGGCUCUUCUCGACCCUAUCCACAUGAGCGCCUACAUCGUCUACAUGCUCGGUGCUUGUGCUCUCUUCUCCAAGACAUGGAUCGAGGUUUCUGGCUCCAGCCCUCGUGAUGUUGCCAAGCAGCUCAAGGAUCAGGGUCUCGUCAUGGCUGGUCACCGUGAUCAGUCCAUGUACAAGGAGCUCAAGCGCAUCAUUCCUACUGCCGCCGCCUUUGGUGGUGCCUGCAUUGGUGCGCUCUCCGUCACCAGUGACCUUUUGGGCGCUCUUGGUUCCGGUACCGGUACUCUCCUUGCUGUCACUAUCAUCUACGGUUACUUCGAAAUCGCCGCCAAGGAGGGUGACAUGGCCGGUAUGAAGGGCAUGAUUAUGGGCUAA